AUGUGUGUGUCCAGAGAGCGGCUCACACGUCACCAUGUGUGUGUCCAGAGAGCGGCUCACACGUCACCAUGUGUGUGUCCAGAGAGCGGCUCACACGUCACCAUGUGUGUGUCCAGAGAGCGGCUCACACGUCACCAUGUGUGUGUCCAGAGAGCGGCUCACACGUCACCAUGUGUGUGUCCAGAGAGCGGCUCACACGUCACCAUGUGUGUGUCCAGAGAGCGGCUCACACGUCAUCAUGUGUGUGUCCAGAGAGCGGCUCACACGUCACCAUGUGUGUGUCCAGAGAGCGGCUCACACGUCACCAUGUGUGUGUCCAGAGAGCGGCUCACACGUCACCAUGUGUGUGUCCAGAGAGCGGCUCACACGUCACCAUGUGUGUGUCCAGAGAGCGGCUCACACGUCACCAUGUGUGUGUCCAGAGAGCGGCUCACACGUCACCAUGUGUGUGUCCAGAGAGCGGCUCACACGUCACCAUGUGUGUGUCCAGAGAGCGGCUCACACGUCACCAUGUGUGUGUCCAGAGAGCGGCUCACACGUCACCAUGUGUGUGUCCAGAGAGGUGCGUUCGGACAGAUGUGGGUGUAG